AUGCCGCACAUAACCUAAUUUUUAUGAAAAUGUAUGUACACAAAAAUAUUUGAACUAAUAAGAAUAAAAAUAAUUUAAUGCUUUAAAGAAUGUCUAAUCCAAAAAUUGAAGAGUCCAGACAAAGUUACUUGGACAAAAAUCCUUUCGAGGGUAUGAAAAUUGAUGAAAAUUCAAUAUUGGAUAAAUUGGAAGGGCGACAUCCUUGUCAGAAAUGUGGUAAAUCUAGAAAAUUUUACUGCUAUUCUUGCUAUGUGCCAAUACUGGAAUUAGAAGGAAAAUUACCUACAGUUCAAUUGCCAGUUAAGAUUGAUAUAAUUAAGCAUAAACAUGAAAUAGACGGAAAAAGUACUGCAGGCCAUGCAGCGAUAUUAGCCCAGAAUGAUGUAAAUAUUUAUACAUAUCCAGAUAUACCUGAUUACAAUGGAGAAAAUGUAGUAUUAAUUUUUCCCAGCCAGAAUGCUAUUAGUAUAAGUCGAUUAGUGGAUGGCUGUGAUUAUGAAAAUGAAGUGAAAUACAAGCAAGAUUUAUUGGAUGAAUUGCCAAAAGGAUUCAAUAGAAGUACUUUAAUGAGAACAGUACCAAAUGCUCAGUUGGAAUAUGAGUUCAGUGAAAAGGGUAGAAAAUUGUCUAUAACAAGAGCAGUAUUCAUCGAUAGUACCUGGAAUCAGAGUAAAGGUAUCUAUAAAGAUGAACGAAUACGAAAAUUGAAAUGUGUGGUUAUACAGAAUAGAAUAUCACAAUUUUGGAGACAUCAGAAAGGAAGCCCAAGAUGGUAUUUAGCUACCAUUGAAGCAAUUCACCAAUUUUUAAUUGAAAUUCAUUUACACUGUUGGGGCCUUAAUCCUAACUAUAAGGGUAUAAGGAACUGUUUUAGUGAAAAAUGUUUGAGUCAGUUUCAACGUUUAUACAGUACUGAUGAAAAAGCUUAUAAUGGACAAUAUGAUAAUUUACUUUAUUUUUUCCAACACAUGUAUGACUUGAUUCAUGAAUAUUAUAAUCAUGAAGAAUUAUACGCAUAUAAGAGGAGAUUAAUGUAAAUAAAAUAGUAUAACUUGCUGA